UUUGUUAUUGGCUGCCACCCGGGUAAACACCAGCACGAAGCAAGUACAGAAAGUACAGUCGCGACACUACGGUAGCUAGCUAGCCACUUUCUCCCGACCGGUGCGACGAAAAGGAUUUCAGCAUGGAUUGAUUGUCACAAAUGUGAAGAUUUAGAUUAGACACUUUGGACUGAAGAUAUCGUGAAAAACUGUUAGUGCCUUUGACGGUCAAUGUCAGGGUUUAGUUUUCGAAGGUCACCUAAUGAGAGCCUGCUGGACGGCUAGCCACUGCACUGAUGAUGGAAGUUGGGGCAGACAAAGUUCCUGCUAGAAUUAACAUGUUGGCAAGCUAGCUAACGUUAACGUCACAGUUUUGCAAGUUUUGCAGUAGUCAUUUCAGGCAUGUGGUUCGGUCUAUAGAAUAUCUAGGUACAGAGAUGUAGAUAGUAGAUAUAGGCGUUAUCACAGUCACAGGUCGCAGGCUUCCUGGUUGUUCGCCAAAAUAAGUUAGCCGUCAACUUAGCUAGCUAAGAUUAGCUAACCCUGCAAGUUAUGUAAUGACGUAAUGCAAUGUCUAGUUUAUGGAAAGUUGUUCAUUUUGGCUUUAGCUAUGAACCCUAGCUAGUGGUAUUGCAUUUCGUUAUGAAUUAAACGUUAUUGUGCUUGAGGAAGGAACUGUCACAAAAGACAGCAAGGUCCUUAACGCGUUAACUCGGCUGUAUAAAGAGGCUAUUGUUGUACAACAGGUGUUUCAACCCGACAGCUCAGCUGUAGCGUAGUGCUUAUGCCAUUUGGAAUCUGCACUAAGACAACUAGCUAGUAACUGACUGUCAAAAAUGUUGGCCAUGUAUGAAAACCUCCCCGCGCAGCUCAAGAAAACCUCCCAUGCUAGAAAAGCCGUUAUCUUUCUAGUCGCUGCCUAUGGAGUCAAAAAACUUUACCCCUAUGUAUGGGCUAAACUCGGGAAGGCAGAUUGCGGUACGCGUCUCACAGUGCCUCUUAGGUCUAACGGUGCGGUACAAGUGGUAACGGAGAAAGACAAACAAGUGAAGAAGAGGAUUAGUAACUCGCCGGCGGUUAACCAGGAGUUUCUGAAGCGGCUGAGCCGUCUGCUGCGUAUUCUGUUUCCUCAGCUGUUCUGUAAAGAACUGGGUCUGCUAGGGUUCCACUCCCUGGCUCUCAUCUCCAGAACAUUUCUGUCCAUCUAUGUGGCCAACCUGGACGGCAUGAUCGUGAAGACCAUUGUGAAAAAGGACCCCAGGGCGUUUGUUUGGGAGUUGACUAAAUGGCUCCUCAUCGCAGUCCCGGCCACCUUUAUAAACAGUGCCAUCCGUUACCUGGAGGGCCAACUGGCCUUGGCCUUCCGCACGCGCCUAGUUACCCAUGCCUACCGACUCUACUUCAGCGACCAGACCUACUACCGGGUCAGCAACAUGGACGGACGCCUCGCCAACCCGGACCAGUCUUUGACUGAGGACAUAGUGAUGUUUGCUGGUUCCGUGGCCCACCUAUACUCCAACCUGACCAAGCCCUGCCUCGACGUUGUGGUCACCUGCUACACCCUCCUCAGAACAGCGGAGUCUAAAGGCGCUAACACCACCUGGCCCUCCGUCAUUGCUGGGGUGGUUGUUGCAAUCACUGCCAAGGUUCUGAGGAUGUUCUCACCGCGGUUUGGUAAACUGGUAGCUGAGGAAGCUCGGAGGAAGGGAGACCUGAGGUACAUGCACUCACGCAUCAUCGCCAACUCAGAGGAGAUCGCCUUCUAUGGGGGACACAAGGUGGAGAUGUCCCAGCUGCAGAGGUCCUAUCGGUCCCUGUCCUCCCAGAUCAACCUGAUCCUGUUUAAGCGUCUGUGGUACGUGAUGCUGGAGCAGUUCCUGAUGAAGUACCUGUGGAGUGCCUCUGGACUGGUUAUGGUGGCUGUGCCCAUUAUCACUGCCACAGGAUACUCUGAAUAUGACUCUGAGGAGGUGAAGCAGGUGGCCCUGGCCUUGAAGGAGGAGGACUUGGUGAGUGAGAGGGCUCAGGCGUUCUCCACCGCCAGAAACCUCCUCAACUCAGCUGCUGACGCCGUGGAGAGGAUCAUGAGCUCAUAUAAAGAGGUGACGGAGCUGGCGGGGUACACGGCCCGCGUGCACGAGAUGUUCUCCGUGUUCGAGGAUGUGCGUGCUGGGGUGUACCGUCGCUCUGCUGUGGAACAGGAGGGUGCAGAGGCGGAGUCUGGUGGAGGGAAACAGGUGGUGCAGCACGGCAUGAGAGUGGAGGGACCAAUCAUGAUGCGAGGUCAGGUGAUCGAUGUAGAGAAGGGCAUCUGCUGUGAAAACCUUCCCAUCAUCACCCCCACUGGAGACGUGGUGGUGUCCAGCCUGAACAUCAAGGUGGAGGAGGGAAUGCACCUGUUGAUAACAGGUCCUAACGGCUGUGGGAAGAGUUCUCUGUUCCGGAUCCUCAGUGGACUGUGGCCCGUCUAUGGGGGGGUUCUCUACAAACCACCACCACAAAACAUGUUCUACAUACCUCAGCGACCGUACAUGUCAGUAGGAACCCUGCGGGACCAGGUGAUCUACCCAGACACAGAGACCGAGAUGGAGGAGAAAGGAUUCAUCGAUCAACACUUAGAUGGCAUCCUCCAGACGGUCAACCUCAUCUACAUCUUGGAGAGGGAGGGAGGAUGGGAUGCAGAGAGUGACUGGAAGGAUGUCCUGUCAGGAGGGGAGAAGCAGAGGAUGGGCAUGGCCAGAAUGUUCUACCACCGGCCCAUGUAUGCUCUGCUGGAUGAGUGUACGAGCGCCGUCAGCAUCGACGUGGAGGGGAAGAUCUUUCAGGCUGCAAAGGAUGCUGGGAUAGCACUGCUCUCCAUCACCCACCGACCUUCACUCUGGAAGUACCACACACACCUGCUGCAGUUCGAUGGCCAGGGGGGCUGGCGCUUCGAGAAGCUGGAUGCCUCCACGCGCGUCUCCCUCCAGGACGAAAAGCAGAAGCUGGAGUCCCAGCUCUCCGGAAUACCCAAGAUGCAACAGCGCCUAUCAGAUCUCCGCCGCAUUCUGGGGGAGGACAACGCCCUGUCAGGCACUGGAGGCAGAGAGGAGGAGGAGGAGGAGGAGGAGGAGGAGGAGGAGGAGGAGGAGGAGGAGGAAAAGAAACAGGAGGAGGACAAAGUCGUGAGGGAUGAACAAGGAGGCAAAGACAUGUAGGAUGGAUGAUAAUGGAUGAUGGAAGAGUAGAGGUGAGGAGGUGUGUGCCCUGUCAAGACCCCUUUCCUCAUCCUCUAGGCAUGUUUCCUCAUCCGCUCCCGCACCCCCAAGGCACUUUAAUGUACCCCUGUAGGCAGAGAAGAACUGUAGGCAUGUUGAGAUUACUGAGAACCUGUCUGACCCCUUCAGAUCCUCCAUCGUGUUCCUGCUGCAGGCACCAUGGUUGUUAUCUAGGCUGGGCCCUGCCGUGUUCGGGUCUGCCACGCGUGACACGGUUCUGGAGUGACAAACGGCUCAGAACGGGCGGUUUUAAUGUGUAAACGGAACCCGAGUUCCAGGGUUUACUAUUGGAACGGUUUGGGAUGUGAGGGGGUUUAUUCAGAGGAGGAGGACUCUCUGGGAGUGUGUGUGAGGAGUGUGUGUGAGGACUCAAGUGUGGAGGGAGGAGAAGGAGGAAGCGAGCUGCCAGCGUCAACUCUACCUGGUGUUGAGGAUAAAAGAAACUAUGAAAGCCUCCCAGAUCCUCUCUUCUUUUACUGUCAAUCAUCUUCUUUCUUGUUUUUUUUUGUCUCUACUCUCUCGUCUCACGUCUCUCUUCUGCCUCUGUCUACACUUCAUCCCUGUCUCUUUUCUACCUUCUGUUUUUCUGUUAUAUCUCCUCUCCUACUGUUUCAAUAGAAUUUCAAGAAAACCUUUGCUGAACACGGUAUAAUCUGUGUCUCAAAUGAAUCCCUGUUCCCCACCUUCCACAUUCCUUUUGACCAAAACCAUAGGAGCCCUACCCCAUGAGUUCUGGUCAAAAGGAGUCUGGGUAAUGGGGUACCGUUUUGGACAUGGGCUAACCCUGUGGUAAACAAAACUGGCUGGCUUCAGAACCACUCGCUAUACAUAAUUACUAUUUCAGUAAAUAUUGUAUUUUUUAUAGAGUUUGACACUUUAUACUUCUGAAUAGCGGAAAGAUUGUUACAUUCAUCAAGAGUAAAACUAUCUCUAUUUUAUUACAGGAUGAGCUGUAUGUACACCAUUGAUACAAAGUAAAAUCUUUACUAUAUUUUAAUAUAUUGAUUUAUGGAGUUAUAGACUAUAUAUUUUAACUUUUGGAGCAUGUGUAGUAAUACAGGAACCUGCAUGUGUGUGACCCAUGUGCCUUAGUAAGUGUCCUUAACCCGAUGAUUAUGGUUUAUACAAAACAAUUAUAGAAUAUUAAAAUGUUUGAUAAUUA